UACGUUUCAAAUCUGAAGGUUCAUCUGUUUGGAAGAAGAAGAAACGACAAAAGAGUGACGACAUGCCGCUGUUCCUCUCGGAGGAAGAGUAUGAAAGUUGCCUGCACAAUGCCUCUUUGGUGGCAGAGAAGGCCGACGCAUUCAUCAGAAAACUCUACAACCAACUCGAAUCGGUCAAGGCACAGGUGGGUACCGCUUCUACUACAGUGGAGCGGAGCCGCUCCCUCCUCAAGCAGAAGUCUGUUUCGCCCUGCGACGAGCUUGCUCAAGUUAAAGCCACUAAGAAAGAUGGAGAGAUGGAGCGAUUGUCUACCGUAGCUUCCGAACUUCAUGCGUUGUUGGAGCAGAAGGAUUUAGAGAUUAGAGAGAACAAUGCUGCGAUUAACGGCUAUCUCGACAAGAUUACGGACAAAGAUGGAGAGAUCGAGCAAUUGUCUACUGAAGCUUCCAAACUUCGUACGUUGUUAGAGCAGAAGGAUUUAGAGAUCAGCAAGAAAAAUGCUGCGAUUAAGGGCUAUCUCGACAUGAUUGUGAACUUGACAGACAGUGCCGCGUUGAAGGAAGCUCGACUGAAAGAAAUUGAGUUAGAGUUAGCACACUCAAAUGCUUCUGGUACCGGUCUCUCAAAGGUUGGGGCUAAAAGACAAAAUCCAGAAGGUGGGGAUCCAAGGAAGAUAUUUGUUGGUGGCAUCCCACUUACAGUUACUGAAGACAAGUUUGUGGAGUGUUUUUCCUUGUUCGGGAGGGUUUCAGAGCAUGAAAUUAUACGGGAUCCUUCUGGGCGCUCUAGGGGCUUUGGAUUUGUUGUCUUUGACAGUGCGGGGGUGGUUGAUACCAUCCUGGACCGAGGCAAUAAAAUUGAUAUGGAAGGCACACAGGUUGAGAUUAAAAGGGCUCAACCAAAGAAAAAACAAGUCCCUGCUACUUUUCCUCCUCCUUUUCCUUCUCUUUAUGCUACUUUUCCAUAUUAUGGCGGCUUCAGCAGUGACUCUGCGAUUAGAGAGGGAGGCAUGUGGUGGCGUCAGUAUUCUUGAGGAACUUUACAGCAGAUGCUCUUUUUUAGUUGGCGUAAGUCUCCUUUUCCUGCUCCUGUUGAAUGCAUGUUUUCAUGUUCAUGUGCUAGCACUUAGCAGUUGAAUGGUGUUUUUGCCAGAAAUCAGAAUUGCCAUCUGACUCUUAGAUAUGUUCAUCCAUUAAGUGCCAAGUCUUUUACUUUCA